AGCACGGUACCCAAACAACACACUAUUUCGAUGGCCGAAUCUGCACUAUCACCGAAGUCGAAGUCGGUGUGAGAACGUGUGAAGGGUGACUGGUCGAAUUUGACAUACUUUUAUAUUGAAGUGCCGUGAACUGACUCUUAACACCACCAUGUCAAGCAUCGUGAUCAGGAUCCAAUCGCCUGAACACGGUACCAAGAGAAUAGAUGCAAAAGCCUCUGAAAAUAUCACAUCUUUCUUGGAAAGGGUUCAAGCGCUCUUCAGUUUGGGAGAUACAGGAUGGGAGCUGUACAAAGACAGAAACAAAAAAACAUUUAUGCGAGCGUCUCGGUCAAGAAAGUUGACCGACUAUCAGAUACGUCAUGGAGACAUGUUGUUCAUGGAGUUGAGCAACAGGCAACGUAAUGAUUCGGAAGCUAGUAGUGGGUCCAACCAGGUCAGUGCUGUGAACAGUGAAACACGCUUAGCCAGCGUCGCUUCGGAUGUACAUGAGGAUGAGAUUGACAGACUGCUGAGAGGAGAAGAUGGAAAGAUAUACAGAAAGCGAAAUGAACAGCUAUGUCGACACGGGCCUCAGGGAAAGUGCUUGCACUGUGUACCGUUAGAGCCCUAUGACCAAGAAUUCCUCAGCAAGUGUGAUCCACCCAUCAAAUUUCUUUCCUUCCACUCCUAUAUCAGGAAACUGACUGGUGGAGUUGAUAAGGGCAAGUUUGUAAAUUUGGAGAACAUGUCUUGCAAAAUCAAACCUGGCUGUAAGGAACAUCCACCAUGGCCUGGAGGUAUAUGUACCAAGUGCCAGCCAAAUGCUGUGACUCUCAACAGACAAGAAUACAGACAUGUUGACAACAUCAUGUUCGAGAACCCGGCAGUUGCUGACAGAUUCCUCAACUACUGGCGCCAGUCUGGAAGCCAACGCAUCGGUAUCUUGUUUGGUCGAUAUGAGAUGUUCAAAGAAGUGCCAUUAGGAAUCAGGGCCAAAGUUGCUGCCAUCUACGAACCGCCACAAGAAACCUCAGUCAACAGGAUUGAGCUCAAACCAGAUCCCAACGAGGCCUUGGUACUGGCAGCAGCAGAGAAGAUCGGCCUUCAACCUGUUGGAUGGAUCUUUACAGAUUUAGUCGCUGAUGAUCUGUCCAAGGGAACUGUGAAGAACUUCAGGGGGAAUAUAGAUUCUCACUUCCUUAGCUCUGAGGAAUGCAUAAUGGCAGCAGAUUUUCAAAAUAAAUUUCCCAACCCAUGCAGGCUGUCUCCUGACGGACAUUUUGGAUCUAAAUUUGUUACGGUGGUUGUAACGGGUGAUAACGACAAUCAGAUCCACUUUGAGGGCUACCAGGUGUCCAACCAGUGUAUGGCUCUUGUCAGAGAUGACUGCUUGCUGCCCACUAAAGACGUGCCACAGCUGGGCUAUGUCAAGGAGUCUAGCAAUGAGCAGUAUGUCCCAGAUGUCUUCUAUAAGGAAAAAGACAACUAUGGAAAUGAAGUGACCCAACUUGCACGACCGUUGCCCGUGGAGUAUCUUCUGACCACACUCCCAGCUGCUUUUGCUUCAGAUUUUCAUUACACUUUCAAGUCCAACAUCCAGAACACUGAAAAUUUCCCAGUUGAGAACAGGGAAAAUAUUGGACACAGACAGGAUUUUGCUGCUUUAACAUCAUAUCUGGAAAAAUUUCCACCGAACAAGUUCCUGGAGGCAAUGUCUGAUUUCCAUUUGCUGAUGUUCUUGGCCACAUCUGACAUGCUACCUCUGAAGGAGAAAAUGCAGAUUUUGUUAGAAGCUGUGAAAAAUCAUGAUGAGUCCAAAGCCCUGGAGUUCAAGAAGACAGAAGAGUGGGCCACUGUGGAGGAAAUGAUGUCUGCUCACGAGCCUGGGGCUUCUUUGGCGUCUGGCGGAGGAGCUGAGGGAUCCUCGUCCAGUUCUGGCCAGUCGGGAGGCGGCAUGUGGACCUGUGCUCAUUGCACCUUCCUCAACCAACCGGCGCACAACUCCUGCGACAUUUGCUCUUUACCUCGUUCUUAGGCGUGUCAUUCUAUUAUGGUUGUGUGGUCAGGCACACGCAAACUUUUUAAAGUAAACAUGAUGAUUUUUAGCACUUGUAAGUAUAGAUAUUAUGAUGAGUACGAACCAUGCCUGCCUGGUCUCGAGUAUUUAUUUCGGUGCAUUUUUGCUUAUGUUCUACUGUUCAUUCAAUGACUUGACCUGCCUUAACUGUAAGGAGUUUUUUUUUUACUAUCUUUUUCACAAAGAAGUUUAUUGUGCUUGAUAGUUCUGUUUUAUUUUUCCCAAAGAGAAUCCUCCACAUUUCACAGAAAAUCCUCAGAAGUCUGUAUAAGCAAAAACAAAUGUAUGUUUUGAAUAAGGAAUUUACUUGUAUACUUAGAGAAGUAUAUAUGUUAUUACGCAAUCAACCAUGAAUUUAUUCAUUGCUGAUGAGUGAUGAUGAAGAGACUGAAGUCUUGGUGUUGGACGUUUAGCCUUUCAGAAUUUAGUGAGACAGGACGAAAGUCGCAAGUUUUUACCUUUAUGGUGAACUGAUGGCGUUGGUUCACCAUCCAGUACUUCGGUGUGCAAGUGCAUGUGUUUUUCAUUAAUUGCUUUCCGAGCAAAUCCCUCUAAUGUGAGGUGAAAUUAUUGCUUGACCAAUUGGUAGUGCGAGGUGAAAAUUUGAGGAGUUUACUUUAUAUUUUGGAGGCGAUGUGCCUCUAUGUAAAAAUGAGCAAGUCACAUAUCUGCCCGUAGACACAAGCUGACAGCCAUUUUAGGGAGCUGUUGUUUUGUUUUUGUUCAGUCUCACCUUGCUUUGAACAUGCGCUUCAGGUGGAUUGUCUCUGUCUCCUAAAGCCAGAUUUCCAGGGAGCUUGGUAGUUGAAAGAGAUUAUUUUUUUGGCUGAUUUGGUGUGACACAACAAUCGUAUGACUAGAAUAAUAUUUGUGAUGUAUUUUUUUGAUGAGUAUGAUUUUAUUCUAGGUGAGGAAGACAUUUUCUAUCAAGCAAAAAGUAAUUUAGUCCUUGAAAAUGAUAGGUCAACAUUUUUCAAAUAAUGUACCUCAGAACAUGUAUGUCGAAGUGUGUGAAUGGCAAAGUCUAUCGUCUUUAUUCUUUUCAAUUCUUUAGUUUCUCCUGUCAUCUCAUCCUUUAAAUUGCUGUGGCUUUCUAUAUGAGAUUGCUUCUUUUCAGCUGGAACAAAUACUUUUUCCCCUUCACAUUGGCUUGAUUUGACUUAUUCUCAAACACAAAAUGGAAGUCAAUUUUUUAAAGUGAAAGCAACCCUUUUCAGAGAAGUCACAAUUCCGGCUCUUUGCAGAAAUUCAGUAUUUGUUUUCAGGUGUGUUUUGUGGGUAUAAUGUUCAUCAAAGUCAGUUCUAUCAAAGGUAAACCUUGCAAAAUAAUUGGGGCUUAUUGUAAGGGGCAUAACGGUGUGUCUGUCUCGCUCUUUUUCAGUAUUGUGUAGAUGUUUGUGCAGAAUUAUGCUGUGACGUCUCUUGUUCUCAUCUCACUUUGGGUUGGACUGUGAAAGUAAGGUCUUACGUAGCUGUUCUAAUAUAUAAUACAUCUUGUAUUCGGUGACUAGUUGCAACAUUCUGAUCUGGAUGCAAAGUGCGCAUGUUGACUUUGUGAGCGAAAAAUGGGUUUAUAUAAUUUACAAAUUGCUAUUUCGCCAGUAGUAAAGAUAACAAUUUUUUCCUCAAGUUGUGGUUUGAGUCCAGGAGACGCGAUGAGACAGUUGGUUGCUUGGGAUGAAAGCAAAAACAUAUUUCCCAUUUGCUUUGACCUAGGGGGUACAAACAUUUGUGAGGCAUCGUAGUGAAAUCAGACACCUGUCGAAAUACUGAACCCGAAGAAACCGUUAUUUUUCUGCCAGUUUGGAAAUUUUUCUAGAAUUUUGGUUUUCAGGCUCAACACCUUAUAUGUCUGUAUAAAAACACAUUUCUAUGAGGAUUUUGCUGAAAAGGCCUAUAUUAUAGGCACCAAAAUUGCAGAUGUUCAGUUUCCAAGGACUCUCAAGCUUUGGAAGUCAUCAAACUUUGACAGCCAUUUUCUCGCUAAUUUUACCACUGAAACCAGGUGACCCCCCCACCUCCUUCUAUUGCAAAUAUCUCGACUUCUAUUCAAGAUGAAUAGGGUUUUUUUUGUCCUCUAAAGCAAGGCAAAUGAAUAAGCUUUAAGCUGAUACAUGUACCAACUCGUCGUGACACAUUUGUGUAGCCGUUGAAAAAGAAAAUAUUGGUGCUGAAGCUACUAAACUACCGUUUCUUUACAGAGAAUAGGUAUGAGCUCUUUAUGGACCCUGCUCAUUAUUCACAAAGGUAAAAGAUUUUAUGCCAGCUGAACACAUUCAUCAGGAUGUUCUUGUGAGAAAUUUAGCACUGACAUUUUUGUUUUGGCUUUUCUAUUUUUUUUUUCCCCUUCCAAAUAAAAUGUUGAAAGAUUA